GUGAGGGUAGUUGGUGCCAGACAGACGCAGACGUGGACAAGCAGAGAGUGGGAAUCACAAACCAUCCCCUCAGACAACCGGAGCAGAGAUUUUUUGAUCCUUAUCACAGUCGAUUUAACUGGACCCAUCGCUCCAAUUGAGCCUGGGAACCUUCUACCUGUUUAAGAUCUGCCCGUCUCCUCCUAUUGGGCGUUGCUGGAGGCCUGCGCCGAGACUACAGCAGUGUUGGAUUUGUAACCACCUCAAUGGGCUGCAACACACACUGAACACCAGAGGGCCGAGCUGAAUGAGGUUCUUCCUGCAGUCCUGGAGACUCGCUUUCGGAGGGAAAUGAUUCCGCAUGAAUUGCAUGGACCGCUCUCCCACAGCAGGCGUGACUUCCGUUGCUUACGACUGAAAUCCGUGUCCAUCCGACCCUAAGCACAGGACACAUUCCCUUCCACCACCACUCUCCUCUCUACCCCAUCCCCAUUCCCAUCCUGAUUAGUGGGAGGGAACGCUCUGUUACAGAGACAAACAGAGAUAAAGAGAGAAAGGGGAAAAGAGAAUUAGUGAGAACAUCCAGAGUGGUACAGGACAUAGACACCAUGAAGUCAACCCAGGAGCGGAGUAAUGAAUGCUUGCCCCCCAAAAAACGUGAAAUCCCAGCAAGCACUCUGCCCUCAGAGGAGAGGCCCAUGUUUGUGGCGCCUGCCAACGAGAGCCAGCGUGGGGGGAACCUAGCCUGGCUUGCCAGUCUGGCAAGCGGGUAUGACAGAAGCAACAGGCACACCAGCACCUCCGCAGAACAUGAUGGGCAUCAAUACAAACCGCUGCCUGCCCCGGCUGAGAACGCACCUUCUUCAUCCACGUACUCGACCAGAGUUGCAGUUCCCACCAUACCUUCAGUGUACACGUCACCCCUCUCUCAACAUGCAGGCACAAUUCAGUACACACCCCUGUCCCAAAAUCUGCACUUCAUCAGCCCUCCAUACAGCUACAUCUCUCCGUUAGCAUCCCCUUCUGCUCCCACCACACAACGUGAGACUUACGCCAGAACCUCCAGUUCUCCAGCAUCUAAAAUUGACCAACACCAUCAAUUGGGCCGUCCGCCAGGCCUGGUCACAUCUGACAGCGCCCCUUCACCCCACUCCACCCAGUAUGUCCAAAUUGCUGGUUCUCCUGUAAGCGUAACCCCUCGGACUGCUCCUUCUGCCCAUGGACACUUUCCCCUACACUUUCACCCUCACCACACGCUUCCCAUCGGUGGCACCUCACAGGUCUUGGUUCAAUAUCCAGAUGGAUUUUUACCAAAGAGGGAGGACAACCGGCCUAGGGAGGUGCUGAAUGGAGAACUUGAAAAGGAUCGUCGCUUUGAGUCUAGUUCAGGGAAGCAGGGCAACAGCACUGCCAAAGGGAGCUCCUCCAUCCAACAGCACCAGAUUCACCAGCACCAGAGCCCACAAAACUACGAGACUCGCCAUGUGGUGCUCCCUGCUGAGUAUAUGCAAGAUAGCGCAGCCAUGCGGACCUCAUUGGUGCUGGUACCCAACAGUCAUAGCUCAAGUAGUGCUGAUCCCGGAGGUACUCCGGACAAGCUCCUUCCCCCUACAUCCCACAGUGAAAAAGGAGGGAUAUGUGCAGGCAAACCGGUCUCCCGCACUUCCUCCACCUCUUCGUCGCAUAUUUUUGUUCCUCCCCCUCCACCUGCGGACAAUCUGAGGGGGGCAGUUACCACGAUGUCUUCACACGCAGUUAUCCAGACAACGCACAACACCACAGAGUCACUCUCCCUGGGCCUUCCCUCUACUAACUUCUACCCCUCACAGCACCCCAUCAUUGGUUACAUCGCUGGCACAGGACACCAGCACCCUCUCAGCUACCACCCCACCCUGUCCCAGCACGUAGUCAUUCCUGGAACUCAACCAGUCAUCAUCCCAGUGAGUGGAACAGACGCCGCUGCCACCUCAGCUACACCGCCCUUGCCUGCCACGCUGCCCCACGCGUUCGUCACCUCGACGGCACCCAAAGUGGAGUCUUUCGAGCCUCCGGCCCCGUUCGCCCAUCCUGCUGCUUCGGUGGUUCAAGCCCAGUUACACUUGCCUGUGGUUUCAGCCCCUGCUGGCCUGCUAGCGACUCCACCUCCGCCGUCGUCCCCAACACUGCCCCCUUACUUCAUCAAGGGCUCUAUCAUCCAGCUGGCAGAUGGGGAGCUCAAACGGGUGGAGGAUCUGAAGACGGAGGAUUUUAUUCAGAGUGCUGAGAUCAGCAAUGAGCUGAAGAUUGACUCCAGCACCGUAGAGCGCAUUGACAACAGUCACACACCCAACUUCGCUAUUAUACAGUUUGGUGUAGGGGAGCAUCGCUCACAGGUCAGCGUGGAGGUGCUCAUAGAGUAUCCGUUCUUUGUGUUUGGCCAGGGCUGGUCAUCCUGUUGCCCCGAACGGACCACCCAGCUGCUAGAGUUGCCAUGCACCAAGCUUUCGGUGGGCGACGUCUGCAUCUCUCUCACCCUGAAGAACCUAAGGAACGGCUCUAUCAAGAAGAACCAGGGGCAAGUGUUAGAUGUGCCCAGCCUUGGGCCACCCCUCAAGUCACCCAAAGUGAGCGGCGCACGAGGGGGCGUUCGUCACACGGAACAGGAGAAAGGACUCGGGCAGUGCGUGGAUCAGGGAGGCGGCGGUGGCAUUCAGGGAAACGGAGAGAAUGGAGAACUGAGGUUUGGAGAGAGGAACAUCUUCAAAGCACCAGCGCCCGCCGAAUCGGAGUCCAACAGUAAACCCAUGGGUCGCAAACGGAGAUGGUCAGCACCCGAGGGGCGCAAAAUAGAAAAUCCAGACGGAGAGCCUCCUUUAACGUUCCCCAAGCCUUCGUUUAUCCCUCAGGAGGUUAAAAUCAGUAUCGAAGGCAGAUCAAAUAUUGGCAAGUGAAUGGACUAUCAGAGCUUGAAGAUGAAAUUAUACAGAAUGUUUUCUCACCCUUCAUUUUGAUUUCUGACUUUCUAUUGAGAUUACUGUACCUUAAAGGUAAAUUUAUUCAGUAUGUACAUUAUCACACAUCACAUGUUAAUAUUGUAAGAGAAGAAUUCAAUAUUACGAAGGCAAUUGGUGCGACUUAUUUAAUUGGUCAAAAGGUGGGAUGCCAAAGCACGACCAUCUGAAAGGCAUAUACAGACUGACUAGUUGUAGCUAACAAGGCCAAGACUCUUAUUGUUUGGCCCGGCAGUAGACCUAGCGGUAUAAAAUAUUCAUCCACCAAUCAUGAGAUGUUAAGUGAGGGAAGGUGGACAACAUUGCUAAUGGUGGCGGAACGGAUAUCACUCCUUCACUGGUUGCAGGAGUUCACAUGAUGUCAGCCAUCUUGUUAAUGCAGUUUUAUCUGAUGUCUAACUGUGAGAUUAUUCAGUCCUAACAAUCAUCAGUGCAGUUAGAUCUGCACGUAGUAUAUUUAUCCAUUCAAUAGUAAAGAAGAGGUUUCCAACUACCAUGGUACAGGCCAGGAGAGAUGAUGUCAUCAAGCAGUGCCACUUACUCCUAAGAGAGAUGAAACUCAAAUCAUUUUGAACAGGGAAAACGGAUGAGUCUAUUUUUAUAUAUAUACAACUGUCUAACCUUUUAUUUUUGUAGUUUUGCAUGUUUUUGUUUUCCGCAAACCCUCCUAUCGCACCCGACAGGUAGAUAUUCAAUCCUUUUCGUGAUGAAUGUGUAAACCUUGUAAUCAGGGGUCAUUUUUUUACGUAGACGAAAGAUGGAUUAUGGUCUAUGUAUAUAUGCAUGGAUGUGUCUUGAUGCAUACAAACACGACUGGUCAUUGGUGAAGAGAUGAGAUCCCCCAGAACUUUGUUUUUAGUGCAGUCUCACCUCUUUUGGUUUCGACGAGAGAUAUUUUGGAAGAAAGAGAGAGAAAGUUGUCUGGGAAGGAUGGAAAGAGUGGUAGUCCUGAAGCACUUAACAAACUUGUUAUACUCACUAACUGAUAGUUGAGUCAAAUGACUAUAAAGAUGAUUAUUGUCAAGUUAAUGAAUAUUAUUAUUACUAUUUCUACUAAUAUUUUAUGUUGAUUUUUCAACGUGAACCGUACUGUAUGCUGUAUAAUGAAUCGGAUGUCGUACGGGACUCUCGAGGCUCACGAGGGUCGCUUGUUCUGUGAAGGGAAGAAUGUAACGGGUGUCGAAAGAAUAAAGGAAGCCGUUUUAACGUCGCGUCCGAUUGUCCCAGAGUUGCACGAAUGGGCGUGGCCUGUAAAACGACUGCCAUUUAAAGCAAAAAGAGACGUAUGAAAGUGUAAAUGCAAGCGAAAACAAGUAUCGGUCUGUUUUGAUUCGCAGAGAUAUGAGGGGAUUGAAGGCUGUCAUAUACAUAUGUUUAUUUGCAAUGCAUCGCGUGCGAGUUGUGUGCAUUCAGGCGUACGCAUAUACAUGUAUAAACACGCACGUACGCGGCUACAGUCAUUUUCAAUCGUGUUGAAAUAUGUCAUGUAUUUUUUUGUACAUUAACGUGUAUAGAACUGCAUAUGCUAGAUCUAUUUUACUGUAUGAAUGCGCAAGACUACAUGAGCACGUUUUCAGUCCCGUCCCCAUACAAGAGCGUAUGUGAAAGCAGUCAUGUAGUAAUUUCAGUAAUCUGUAGUAUAUCCGUGUGUGUCAAAGAGUGCGAGUGUGUGCGCCUACGUGUGUAGUGUGUGUUUGUGCGUGAGUGGGUGUGUGUGUGUAAAACCACACGUAUUUUAAAUAGAUAUUUAAAUUCUACUUAAAAGAAUAUUGCAAUUUGCACAUCUGGAGAGAUAGUGACAUGAUUUUGUUUGGUUUCACAGCCGGCACAGGACAGGGCUGUAAACCCAAAAUGUAGCAGUUUCUUGACAAGUUUGCCUGGUUCACGGGACUGAUUGGGUUUGGACACAAAGAUUGUGUGUAUAGGGGUGGAUAGAGUCAUAGCCUGUGACCUGCACACUUGUCGAGUCUUUGGAUUGGACAGGCUCAAGUUUGCUUGAGUGGGUGAAGAUGGAUAGUGGUAGUGAAAAAAAGGAUGGAUGCAUGGAUGGGUUGACAGAUUUAAUGAGUGGUGGUGGGUGGGUGAGUGCACCCCAUAUACAAUUUGAAAAUGCUUUAUUUUUGAUAAUAAAACAGGUUCAGAUCAACACACACAACAACCGUGCAUUUUUCUUUUUUUUUCCAUUUGACAUGAUCUCUGUCUCCUUUGUGUUUCACUUGGAUCGUAUGUAUCUGCUUCAACCAAUCAGACUUGAUAUUUUUUGUUCAACAUGUAUUUUGUGGGCCAAAAGCUAAGAUGUGAUAUUGUUUGUUCGUUGAUAUGCAUGUAGCAAACCACCGUACAGUUACAGUAAAUGGCAAACCUUGCAUUAUUUUCAUUUCUUCUUCUCUUACAAUUAUCAACGUUUUUGCUUCAUUCACACAUUCUGCCCCCUUCUGGUCGCACAGUGCGUUUCCAUUCACACACAAGAUGCAUUCCGAACAACGGCACGUAGCAAUAACCCUUAGUCUUGUCUAGUGUUGAACCAAAAAGCAAACCGGACGUCAAUGCCUGAAUUUAGCCAUUGAUCUGUUCGACCUCAGUUUGAUUUUGCGGUUUGCACAGCCAGCCCUCGGCAACUUCAGGGAGAAAUGUACACGUUAAUAUGCAGUGACAAAGUCUGUCCCCUCCUAGCCGUCUUAAACCCUAAGGGAUAGUGACCUCCAGAUUUUUUUCAGGUGCCCAUACAGAACCAGUACGCCUCUUACGGCCACCAGGCCCGGAGUAUGUUUACCCAGCCGCAACCGUUAGCUACCUUCUGUUGCCUGGCAUGUGAGUGCAACCGCUAACCGCCCCAUCCACCCGCUCGGUCCAGGAAAAGUGCCGUUCCGGAAGGCUUCGUCUCCCUCCUUGGUCUCCUUUUUGGUCUGUGCUUUUGUCUCCUUCAUAGCCAUAGAACCUUGACAGUAUUUGUAAUUUUUCCUGUUGUCUAGCCUGAUAUUAGAUGCACUUAUGAGAAUUCAUGAAUUUUGAUUGUCUGCUCACUCACUGUCUUGAAUGAAAUACAAAGGGUGCUAAUACUCACCUACGCACCCAUUAGAAAAAAACAAGUCAAAAAUGAAAGCUCUGUUUUCAUCCCUUUCUGUCUUUCAAAACCUGACUUUCUUUUAUGGAACACCGAUGUAGGUGAACAUGGUGACUGGUUGUCAAAUCUUUCAGUGAUUUUUUUGGUGCUUAACAGCCCUCUUGUUCUCAUCUCUCUCAUCAUUUGCUCGCCCUCAUGUCAUUCCAAACCUUCAAGACUUUCUCUCUUCUACAGAGCGCAUAAGACAUUAUGAACAUUAUGUACGUUGAUAACCAGACAACAUUGACCCCAAUUGACAUCCAUUUUAUGGACACAAAACCACUGAGACAUUUCUCAAAAUAUCUUCUUUGUGUUCCCAAAAGAAAAAGUCCUAUACAGGUUUUGAAUGACGUGGGGGUGCAUAAAUGAUAACCAUUUUGAUUUCAGUGUAAAAUAUUCUUUUAGGUUUCCCGAAAAGAAAGUCAUGCAGAUUUUGAACAACAUGAGGACUGAACGGCCUACACUUUAUUUAAAGUAAUAUAAAAACGAAAAUUCUGUCAUCAUAUACUCACUCUCUUGUUAUUUCAAACCUGUAUGACUUUCUUCCGCAGAACACAGAAGAAGAUAUUUUGAAGAAAGUUGGUCACACACAGCACUGGCCCCCAUUCACUUCUAUUGUAUGGGUACAAAACCAAUGCAAGUGAAUGGUGCCAGUUAACAACAUCCUUCAAAAUAUCUUAUUUUGUGUUGUGCGGAAGAAAGUAAGUCAGGUUUGAAAUGACAAGAGGGUGAGACAGAAGGUAUCUAUGACAGAAUUUUCAUUUUUGGGUGAACUGUCACUUUAAGAUCAAAAGAAAAACAAGCGCAUAUACUGUAUGUAUGGGGUCCGUAAUAAGCUUUUAGGCUUACUAUUUGAAGAUGGUUUGCUAUUCAUUUGGAAAACUGUGGAAUAUUCUCACAUAUUGAAAGCAAAUGUCCAGUUGCAAAUGAAUGAAAUAUGCCGGACAUUCAAAUUCACAUUCAAUGGUCAUCGCAAAGAGAAUAACAGACGCAUAUGUGGUACAGCUGGCAGUCUUUGGCAUAAUGCCAGUCUCAAGGGACAAAAUGAAUAAAUAAAAAACGAUCUGUAUAGCUUAUAACAACAUGAAACUGAAACCCCAUCGGUGACAUUUUAAACUCCACCCUCUUCUGUCUUAAUAUUUGUUACACAUCAUUUCUUGACAGUUUGUGCCACCUGUAUGUAGCACAGUUUCUGUAGUUUUCAUCCAGAUACCUUCUCUAGUUUGAAACAGCCUUCAGGUUGUGUGAUUUGCUUUUUGUGAGGCGAUUAUUGUAUUUUCACUUUGUAGUGAACACCUGAUGUUUGCACAUCUGCUUUUUGUCUGUGUUUCCCACUCUUGAGGAUGAGUUUGAUGAUUAAACGUUUUUUUCCCUUGGGCUUUACUCAGGGAUGGGAAAUAGGUGUGAAUGUGUUUGUGUGUCGAGGGGGAACGUGUUUGAUAAUGAAAGGUAUGUAAUAAUUGUAAGUAUAUUAUUAUUUUAAGGUGUGUGUUCAACUGCUGUAACCAGAAGCAGUCGUGUCAUUGGCCCUGUGCUUUGGUUUUCACACACUGUCUCUCCACCAUAUGAGGCCUUCCUAACACACUCUGUCUGUCUCCGUCUGUCUCAGUCCGUCUGUCCGCAUUAGAAGCUGUCUGUUCGUCUGCCCGUCACAAGCUCAGAUCUUCACACGCGCGAGAUACUGAAAUAGACUGAAUGAAUGCGAAACGAAUCGUCGACCUCAUCGAAGUGGGGACCACUUUUAUAGAAACCAACAAAAACAAAAUGCACAUUUUUUUUUUUGUCAUUUGUAUAGAAUAGAUAGACUUAAUAAUACUGUUUCAGCACUUUCUAAUCCCAAGGAAGGGCGAGGAGUGAAGAGAACGUGGAGUGAAGAGAACGUGGUGACAUCGUCGUCUCUCCCCUCCAUCUCUGCUCGUUCCUGGGUCCAACGCGUUGAGAUGCGAAGGGUAGAGAGGUGCCAUAAAGUUCUCUACGAACCCACUUUCAUUUUUUUGGUUUGUUUUAUUGGUUUGUGCUCAAACACCAUUGUUCUUUAUUUUCAUGCUGGUUCUAUAUUUGACGUUGCUUCAUGUGUUUGUACUUUACUGUGGUCUCCUCUGUAGCACUCUUUUACUGAGGCAGGAGACGGGAGAAAGUGUUUCAAUGAAUGUUUUGACAUGUUCGAGCGGUCGACUCUAUCAGGAGAAGCACGCCGACCAUUUUCUUGUUUUUACUUUCGUUUUACUGGCACAAAAAGACAUGAAAAGACGAAUGUUAGAGUUUCAGCAGUUUGAAAAAUAAAUCAAAGUUUCUUUUUCUUUUUGUGGCUGUCUUUGAAAUUUCUUUUUUGUUUUGAGGUUUUUUUGAGGCUCUCUCUUUGUUUUGUUUUUCUCAUAAGAGAGAAUUAAAGAUCAGUCAGGAUUUCUCUUGUUAAAUUGACUGUUGUUUGACAAUUGUCCGAACCGCUGGAUAAAUCACCUCAGGCUGAGAACUUCUGCCCACUUUAUUUUUGGUUUGUUUUACCCUGAUGUAUGGGUUGCUUGAUAUGGGUAUUGUAAUUAGUCUUAUUACAAUUAUAAAUAUCGUUGGUUCUUAUUAUAAGCAUUCAGCCAAAUGAGUGCUGGAUAGUCGAAACAGUGCACACUCCUUAAGAAAAGGAGGCAAGCCCUAGUUCAAAUGUCUCAUUGGUGAGCUGAUAAACUGACGAGCACUUUCUCAGCGAGGUUCAUCUUAGGCCAAACCCAGCCCGUCUGACCACAACACACCACAACAAGACUUGUUUCAAGAGACUUGUUCGAAACUGAGCGCUGUUGGCUUAAACUGGACACUCGCCCCCGGUUGACCACUGAGAACUAAAAGACCACCGAGGGCCUAAACCAACCUGUGUACAGAUGCUGUCCUCACGUACCCAAUGUGUCACACAUAGCAAUCAACGUGUGUAUUUAUCCUUUUGGAAUUUGUUCAAGUACACUCUCGAGAUUAAGAUAUCUUCAAGAAAAAGGUAAUUUUUGUAACUUUGAAUUCUUGCCAAUGAAUGCUUAAGAUGUCUCUGUAAAAUUGUGCUUAAUAGAUUGUUUGUGAAUUGAACCUAAUUUUAACACGUCAGUCAGUUCCAAGCAGGUUUUGUGUACAUUGAAUCCUGCAAGGAGAGUGUAGGCGGUUUCUCGACAGCCGGAUGAUGAUUUUAAAGGCGAGACAUACAAAUACGUAGGAGCUCCCCCUAGUGGGUUGGAAGUGAUGUAACACUAUGUCAGGUAAAGAGCUGAGACGUGGGGUUGGGUUUAUCGUAUGUGCACGCAUGUCCAGCCACCUCUAUUAUUUUCUGUUUGUUUUCACUUUAUCCUUUUGAGAUUGCAAUGUAAAGAUUGUGUUUUGACACACACAGGAAGCCAUCGGUCAUUCCUCAGGAAGAAGCUGGUUCAGAUAUAGCCGUAAUCCUGCUGGACUUUUGCAGGUCUUGUUGUAAAGAGAUUCGAUGUCUUCCAUUGGAAGGAAAAUGGAAGCUGUUUUUAGUUUCUUUAUUCACUUGCCUUUGGGCAGAAACAUCCACGAUCAUAAAACCACUGGAUUGGACUUGACCUACUAUUGAAAACAUUGAAGGGAUGGAUGGUCAGUUGCCAUAUUGCUGAGUCAGUGUUGUUAUUUCCAUACUGGACGCACACAGCAUGCAGAAAUGUUAAGACUGUUAGAGAAAAACUGAAUGUCACAUCCCAUCCAAAGGUUGUGGAAUUGUAACGGCCAGUAGCAAGAGAUGGGUCUUGGGAGAGGAGGUAGUGUUUUGCACCUUACUUAGUAAAGGAAAGAUAAAUAUAUACGAAAAAAUUAAGUUCUAAAGCCCUAGGUAGAGAUCAUUGUGAGGCAAACUUUUGUUUGUUUGUUUAUUUCCAUAUGCGUGCAUACUCUGUAAGUUGUGUAAAAUAUUGUACUUGCACUAGCUUUUUAAAAAAAGAAAACUAAUAUAAAAAACAUUGAAAUUCUA